ACGCAGAGACAGAGCCAGAGCCAGAGGCAGAAAUAAUACAAAUGAAAACUUAAAGCGGCAAACGGCAGACAGCGGGCAGUCAACAGAAGACAUAAGACGACUGGAAAUUGGUCUACGUGCCACGAAUUUGGAUCAUAGGCAGACGCGGCCCAAAAGCCAAGGAGGAAGAGACGCAAGGAGAUUUCGGUUGGUGGACAAUGGCAGCCCCCGCACACCCUCUUCCCGCUCCCCACUCCCCUCCCAUACGCAAUUUGUACGUACGCACACGGUGCCAUCAUCAGCUGAGCGACAGAAUGCAAAUUUCGCACGCAAAUGGAUCGCGAAUGGAUGGAUCUGCCAGCGUAUAAAAGUCGUCGUUUUUUUGGUCAGGGCAUGUCAGUUCAUUUUUGAUAACCGACGGUGACAAUCGCACAACAAAACCCCCACCCAAGCCACACAAUGAAUCCUCUGACGGUUGUAGCAGUCCUCUCCUCGAUGGCCCUCUCGGCGCAGGCUGGUCUGGUGGCUCCAGUGAGCGCCCCUCUGGCGGCAGCUCCUUUCGGUGCACCGCUGGCCUACAGCUCGCCUCUGGGCGCCUCGCCAUACUUUGCUCCGGCCGCGUACUCGGCUCCUCUGGGCUACUCUGCCCCGCUGCUGGCCAGGAACUAUGCCGCUGCUCCAUUUGCUGCGCCCUUCGGUGGUCCAUUCGCUGCACCUUUCGCUGCUCCAGUUGCUGCUCCUCUGGCCGCCCCAGUGGCUGCUCCAGUGCUUGCCAAGAACGUGGUUGCUGCUCCUCUUGCCGCUCCAGUUGCUGCUCCUCUGGCUGCUCCCGUGGCCGCUCCUAUUGCCACCGAGAUUGUGGAUGCCCACCCACAGUACAGGUUCGCCUACGAUGUCCAGGAUAAUCUGACCGGUGACUCCAAGACCCAGGAGGAGACCCGUGAUGGCGAUGUUGUCCGUGGCUCCUACUCCCUGAUCGAGCCCGACGGUUCCCGUCGCAUUGUCACCUACUACGCUGAUGACAUCAACGGAUUCAACGCUGUCGUGCAGAAGGAUGUGCCUGUUGCCGUGGCUCCCGUGGCUCCAGUUCUGGCCAAGACCAUUGCCGCUCCCGUUGCCCCAGUGGCUCCAGUCUUCGCCAAGACUCUUGCCGCACCCAUUGUUGUCUGAGGAGGAAGGACGAAUCGAUAGCCUGCAAUUCGACAAAGGACUUUCAUCUGUACAUAUUCGAUUAAUCAUUGUCGUGCCCUAAAAAAUGACUUUCAUCGCAACCCAAAAAUAAAUAGAAACUCUUUAAAAAACCUUUUGUGAUUCCAAAA